AUGGCAUCCACUCGCUCGCUCGGCCUUCACGAACCCUCGGCCGUCUCCUACCUGGUCUCUGAAGGAAUUCUACAAGCUGAUCCAUCAAGAGACCAGUACAAUUGGACAACAUGCGUCGACGAUAAUGGAUCAACCGGCCCCGUGGACGAUGAGCUGAAAGAAGAUAUUCGACAUGCUUUGUUUACUCAUUUUGCGGCCGGCAAUAUCAAGCGCUCUGUUCAUGACACUGCGGGCUUUCGACAUCCUCGAAACGUCGGCUCGGGAAAGGAUGCGCGGGCCCGUCAGGGAAAGCGUCAAAAGAAUGAGCCAAACUCGGCCAGCUCAGAAUCGACAUUGGACCUGAAUGGAAAUGCCCAGGUAGCAGUGAUUACCCCUCAUCAGGUCAAUGCGAAGAUGUCCCGAGCUCUGGUGGUGGUCUUGAAAUCGCAAGCUCAUAUAUUCUUCGUUGCGGGAACCACUCAUAUAAUACCGCUCCCUUUUGAGGUUGACUCUGUUUUUGCAACACCCCGUGGACUUCUGUUUCAGCGAAAGAUACCCGACGAGAUCCCUAGGCCACAGCAUCCAAUCGCACCUCCGAAUUCCUUCCUAACGUCCUCGCUAUUUGAUGCUCGUGCAUCACAGACGUUGGAUAUUCCACCAGCUCCUAACAAAGGGGCGCGGCCAUCUUUGAAGCUUUCCGCGCCUCGGAGUGCUCCAUGGGCUCCAAAACCUAGCUCCGCUUCAGAUCUUCCGCGGGUCUUCUCACUCAUCGAUCCUCACUCGGAGAUGGGCCUGGUUGUAACCUCGCAGGAUUCCCAAUUGCUGUCCAGUAGCGUGAGCAGCACAAAGCGAAGGCCAUCUGGGCUGGAAGUUCUAGACCCUGCCGACGAGAUCGUGUAUAUUUCUCCAAAAGACGAAUUUUCGAGCUCAAGCCAACGUUCCAAGUUUGGGCCCUUCAUCUUGGUACUUACCACGAACACAAGCACCGGUGUACACACGGUGUGGACCGCACGAUACAAAUAUGACGAGCCUGGCUCUUCGGCAAAGGAGAAGGCUCGCCGAUAUACUGAGGGUACGCAAUCAAAGAGACGCAGCUCUCACUACGGUAUGACGACUGGCACAACUACACCAGCUGCUCGUCCUUCGGCAACUCGCGAAAACUUCGGACCUUGGACAGAAAAUAGAGUUUCAUCCCAGCAAAACGAGUCCAAGAAUGACCCGGAAGAAGAUCUGGUCUCCAGAGUUGCGCAGGAUUUUGGAGAUGUUGGUGUUCCUCUCAAAACGUCCAGACGAGUGAGUUCACUCCUCGCACGAACUGAUCUGGCCAUUGGUCAAGAUCGACUCACAUUCUCGGAGCUUGCUACAGGCACUCAGUCUACAAAUGCACCUCAUGGCGGGCUGAGACAAUCCAUUGGAGCUGGCAGUAUGCGUGGGAGCUUUGGCUUUAACCCGCGUGCUUCACUUCCUCCGACAACAGGAUCUGUGUAUAGCACAACAGCGAGUUUUCUCGACGCUCCAGUGGAUAGGCUCUUGGAAGAGCUUAAUAGCAAUGCCCCUGCUGAAGGGUUCGAAAAUAUUGCUAUGCGGGAAGGGGCAUCCGGACUGCCAGAAGAGCUUCUACUCACCAAGGUAGAAAGCUUCUCCCCUAUGUUUUCUGGUAGUUUCCGGGCAUCCGCGCAACAAGCUCCCACUCGGCAUCUGAAAGUCUGUACGCUAUGCUCUUCGGAAUAUGGAAACGCCCAAAAUGGAAACGCAACCUCCAUGGCAGUCUGUAUCGUGGACCGGGACUCGCAAACUAUGAGCGUGGUGAAUUUGCGGGUCGAAAGAGUGGCGGUCUCGAAGAAGCAGAGAAUGGCCAAUUCUAAGAAUGCCAAGCCUACAGAGAGACGGUCCUUACUCGUCAAUGCAAUUGGCAUCCAGCAUGUCCCUAACGUCUGGGAUGUCUCCAGAGUCAGUGAUGGAGAGACAUCGCGCAUUCUCACCCUAAGUGUAUCCGAUAAUGGACAGCGAGAGCUAUCGUUGCAGAAUCUUUGGGGCAGUCCUACCAAAAUAGACAUUCCAGUUCCGCUGCAUAUUUAUGAGCCUCAUGGGAUAUCUGCCAGCAAGCUGCUUAGCCGUCCGAGAGAAAGUGGCGUCAACCGUGUCAUGGCAAACCCUGAUCUCAUUUUCGCGACAUUCGACCACGAAUGCUCAAGAGGAAAAAUUGAUUUGACAGAUACAGAGAAAAAACGACACAGGAUCCAAAUUCGAAUGGAACCUCGAAAUGAUCUCGUCAAAAAAGUCCUCGAAGUCUGCAAGUUCGUCCUUCGUGACGCAGAGAAAGCCGGAGAUGGUAUUUUGGUGGCUUGGUGGGAAGUCAUGAAGUGGCUUCAGGAGAAAGAAGAUAUCGAGAAUGAUCUUGAAUGGACUGCCAUGGUCAUAGUCUUGUUCUCUCUGGCGGUACCAUUUACCAAGCAACCCCCACCACAGACCCCUGCCAAGCGCACACGUCGCAAGAAAGGUCUUCUGAGGUCGAGUAGUGGUUCUUACGUGGACCUUGAAAGUUGGGAAGCUAUGCUUGAUCUAGAAUCAGGCCCUUCAGGUGCCGCGGCUCCAUGGAUGAUGGGCAGUUCUUGGGGCUGGAUUGUCGAACAAGAUGCUAUUGAGGACCUGGCGGCUCGCGAUGCCUCCCGUACACCGAAAGGUGAACAGCCUAAUGCAAGCCGAUCCACCUAUCGCCAGAAUUUUUAUCUGACACGGUGUAUCUCUUUGACCCGUGAAUUCUUACAGGGCCCCAUAGGCGCAAGGGCCUCAGGCCGUGAUGGUUAUUUGCCCACUUCGGGUGCAUUCCCUGAGAAUACAAGGUGCACUGCCUUGGGCACCAUUCUUGUUGGUCUUCAGCUCCUACGGGAAGAGCAAAAGCUCUCAACUUGCGACGCCGAAGAAUCCCAACGCCCUCUCGGACUCCUCGGCCCUGUCCUUGCACAGCUUGGUGGCUGGCUGGGGUGGCAGUCAUGGAAAUGGACCGAGAAUUCUUACUUUGGCACUGAGAUGGCCAGUAUGGAAAGAUGGCAAUUCGAAGAAUCUCGGAUUUCUCAGCUUAAUGUCCCGGGGGAGCCGUUCCCUCCGCCUUCAAUUUUCGCCUUCCUUAUGGACGCUGCGCGUCAAUCGUCUCCAUCCUUCAUCACUCUUCUCGAUAUUGUCUCCGCGUCAGAUCGAACUCCUAGAAAGGGACGUAUGUGGCAGGAAUGCUUCACUAUUACUCCGCGGAGUUUGGCGCUCAACGGCUUCCUUGGCGACGUUCACAAUGUGAGGACUCCGCUGGAGAAAAUCAAGCUCCUGCAUCGCUGGGGUUUCACCAAGAGCAUCAUCGACACCUUCCCUGAAGGCGUUAGCGCACCGCUGUAUGAGGCCGUCAUGCAGUGUCAGAUCGAAGCUUCAACAUCCUGGAAUGCAACACUACUCGAACUGAUUGACCGAGAAGAUCUUUACAUGUCGAUGAAUCCAGUCCAUGCUCAAACUUUUGCGCCGCCACAGCAUUCUGCAGUCUCACAUGAGUCUGUGCGCGAUUUCCAUCACAUCAGCUGCUCAGCUUUAGAAAUCGAUGCCAUCAACGCAUUUGAGGCAUCCGCAGAAGCUGACCGUUUCUCGGUAACUAAAUUGGUGUUCCGUGAGGACAAGCGCUUCUUGGAAGCUGCUCGUCUUCUAAAUCAAUCCAAAGCACCAGUUGCAGACUGCGUUCCAGAGCCUGACUGGACGGACUUCGAUCUCCUUGAAGCGCAAAAAGAAAUCGUACAACUGGUGUCAUUCCGAACAUUGUCUACACCUGCAGGCCGUGCCAUGCUUGCCUUCAGCGGUCGUUUACCUCUAUUGACAGAAAAGCUGCCAAUUCCUUCUUUCUCGCUACAAUGUGUUAUGAAGCCUUCCGGCGUCACUGUCAGUGCUGAAAGGUCCUCAUUUACCGAGGAGAAAGUCUGCUGGGCAUUCUUCCACAAUGGCGUUUCGACUGGCCUAGCGAUCUCUAAAGGAUCGAAGGGCAUCGACACCUCUUGGAUCUUGUUCAACAAGCCCCAAGAUCUCACAAACAGGCAUGCCGGUUUCCUACUGGCUCUGGGUCUUAAUGGUCAUCUUAAGUCAUUGGCUAAAUGGGUUGCCUUCAAGUACUUGACUCCUAAGCAUACCAUGACCUCCAUCGGUCUCUUGCUCGGCCUUUCUGCUUCAUAUAUGGGAACAAUGGACACGCUUAUCACGCGCUUGCUUUCUGUGCAUGUCACACGAAUGUUACCGCUCGGUGCAGCAGAACUCAAUUUAUCCUCAUUGACGCAGACCGCUGGUAUUAUGGGCAUCGGUCUGCUCUACUGUGGUUCUCAGCACCGGCGCAUGAGUGAGGUGAUGCUCUCUGAAAUUGAAAAUGUCGAACAAGAGGAGCAGUCGACCUCGCAAGAAGAUCUGAGAGACGAAGGAUAUCGUCUUGCUGCGGGCUUUGCACUUGGUCUCAUUAAUCUGGGCAAAGGCAAAGAUCUACGAGGAAUGCGUGACAUGCACAUAGUUGAGCGUUUGCUGGCCGUCGCGGUAGGCACCAAGAACGUUGACCUGGCACAUGUGCUUGAUCGUGCCACCGCAGGCGCGACCAUUGCCAUUGCUAUCAUUUUCAUGAAGACGAACGACUCUGUCUUGGCUCAUAAGAUCGAUAUCCCCGACACCACCGUUCGCUUUGAUUAUGUGCGACCUGAUAUCUUCCUCUUGCGAACGCUGUCACGGCACCUUAUCAUGUGGGACAGCAUUGAGCCCUCUAUGGAGUGGAUAAGCGCGGGCCUGCCCCAGGUGUAUCAGCGACGCGCCCGUCUUACAAAAGUGUGCCAUCUCCGUAGCGAGGAUAUGCCAUUCUUCAACAUUCUUUCCGGCUUGUGCUUUGCCAUAGGUCUUCGAUAUGCCGGCUCUGGCCACACGCAAGCACGGGAUCUGUUGCUAUACUAUCUGGAUCAAUUUAUUCGCAUUUCUCGGCUUCCAGUGAUGAACUACGAUGCGAAACUUGCACGCAACUCAGUCCGCAACUGCCAGGAUGUCGUUUCUCUAUCUGCCGCGGCUGUCAUGGCCGGUACGGGUGAUUUGGCUCUGUUCCGACGCCUGCGCUCGCUCCACGGUAGGAUUGAUCCAGAUACUCCCUACGGUAGUCACAUGGCAGCACAUAUGGCUAUCGGCAUGCUGUUCCUCGGCGGCGGUAGCUACACACUCGGUACAUCUGACCUAGCAGUGGCCAUGCUCCUCUGUGCUUUCUACCCUAUCUUUCCGACUACCGUCCUCGACAACAAGUGCCACUUGCAAGCUUUCCGCCAUCUCUGGGUCCUCGCAGCCGAACCGCGCUGUCUCAUCCCCCGAGACCUCGACUCCCGCCGUCCAAUCUCAAUUCCCAUCAACAUCACCUCUCAAGACGGCUCUAUCCGCGCAGUAUCUGCGCCCUGUCUCCUCCCAGACCCUAGUGGAAUCACACGUAUUGAAAUCCGCGGCCCGGACCACUGGCCACUCGUCCUAGACUUCAGCCAAGACGACGCCCUCCGCAACAAAUUCCGCCAUGGAGAUCCAUCAGUCUACCUCCGCCGCAAGACAACCUACAGUCCCUCCGGCACCUCCACAUCUGUCUUCGCAUCAACCCUCACAGGCCUCAGCGAAGCGCAAGAUAUUCUACCCGCAACAGCGGCAUCCUCAAAUCCAGCAAAGGGCCUACCACCCUCUGCGUGGCCCCACAAAUCAUCUCAUCUCUCGACCACCCUCUCCGCAGCAACAACUGCCGACAAAAGCCCAUGGGAUUGGAUUUUCACUCUCCCAUCCCUACAAUCCCUCGAUAUUCGCGAACGCUCUCUCGUCCUCCCAUCCUCCUUCCCAUCCCCAUCACCUCGUAUCAACACCCGCGUCACCGCGCCACCGUGGCUACGCACUUCCGCCGUCGACGCGAGACUCGCUCUCGAGCACACUGUUCGCAAUAUCGUGCAGUCUGCGAGAGGCCGUGGUGCGGAUCCAGAUCAGUUGCGCGACCGCAUUUGGCAGCUUCAGUUGUUAUUUGGUUGGUUGGAUAGUAUGCAGGGUGAUGAUGAGCCUGGUGCGUCGUCUGGAGGACUGCAGAAGGUGCAGCAGGCCCAGAGUCUCUGGCUAAGGAGGGACUUUGUCGAGGAAGCGAGGUGGCAAGUUUGGGGGGGUUCAAAUCGAGGAUCAGGGUGGAGAGUAAGAUGUUGUUCAAGAUGUCUAGUUUUGUGCUGA